AUGAGCCUUUUCUCUUCACGGCCAUUAACUAUCGGCGGCUCUCUUCUUCUGAUGUCCCCGAUGCCUCCACAGUCUGCAAUGAAAGAACCACUCCAUUUGCACUCGUGCGCAAAUCUCAUCUUCCUAUGGGGUCCUCCACCUGCCUCGCCUCGAACACUUGAACAAGCAAUCAGCAUCACCGGCAAUGUCGAGUGCAGCCCGGAAGCUAUAUUUGCGGACACAGGAAUUCGCAUCCAUCCCUGGGAAAGACGACUCUCCCAGAAGCUUGCAAAGCUCGCGACCAAGAGCCACCGUCUUCUCGGCGAAUAUCUCAAUCUUUGGCUUGGCGACAUAAACCCUGAGUACUGGACGCUUGGUACUCUCGAGAUGUUGUACAAUCUUCUUUUCGACGCCACUCGCCGUAUCAAUAACCUAAAGCAGCGGAAAGAGAAGUUUGACGACAUCAAGAUUUACUUGGUAGCUGGUGCUUUUGCAGACGCAUGGCAUGGCAUGAAGCCUACAGUUUAUCCAACCCGUCUUCGAGACGCACACAUUUUCUUCUCCGCUCCUCACAGAGACCUCACGGGCGAGAGCGAUAGGUCAGAGACCGAGCCCUCUAUUCCUACAGUUCAAAUCCCCCAAACAAAUCCCGUGACCAGCAAGCAUCCUGCGACCGAGUCUCUCGAGGCUUCCCCCCAGCAGCGACGACGACAGGAGAUUGCUGUUCCAGCAAUGACGGGCGAUGACACUGAGUUCCUCUCAACUGAUUGCGACCUGAUAUCGGAACUCAAACAAUACCAAGAUGACGCAAAGGACAGCUUCCUAAAGAUGUUACGCAAGCUUCCCACCCUCGCGACGAUCGCCGUUGAAAAGUUAAAGUCUGAACGAGCGGCCACUUCACAGCAUGUCAAAAGCCUGAAGAAUGACAUGGCUAAUGCCCGGGAGUUCCUCGCGAAGCUCGAAGACUCUACUUCUCGCCUCAUGACCGGAUCGGCAGCACAUGUCGCAAACGAGGAGUCACUGCAGAGGGCGAAACCCAUCAUCGAAGCCGCAAGCCCUGAAACUUGGUCAGUUGUGUCGUGGAUUCACGAAAAUGCAAAGUCGACUACAUCCGCCGCCCUUGACGAGGAACUUCAGCAACUUGAGGCUUUAGAGGCGCGCCUCGGCAGGGUGGCUAAAGAGCUGGAGGAAGCUCGGGGAUCGAUGAAUAUCACAGAUGAGAAGAUCGAACGUCUCGCGGCUCAAUAG